UUUUCUAGUGGAAUCUUGUGUGUGAUUCAGCCUGGCUGCCAUCGCUAGCCUUAACUAUAUUUUUCACGGGAGCUUUCAUCGGUCAGUGGUUGUAUAUAUUAGUUAUGAACAGAUACGGGAGGAGGUUGAGUUUCUUCGCGUUCCUGGCUGUCCAGUGCCUUUUUGGAGUCGUCACUGCCAUUGCUCCAGACUUUGUUUACUUCAUCGCCCUUCGGUUUGUCGUCGGUGUCACCUCUUCAGCCGUCGUUUCGUCGCCUGUUGCAUUAGCCCAAGAGCUGGUGGGUCCAAAGUACAGAAAUCAAGUGUCUGUUCUUAGCCAAUCUGCCCGCAGCAUGGGUCUCGUGUUUUUAUCCAUCAUGGCCUUCCUGGUGCGGGACUGGGCUCACAUUGCUCUGGUCACCACACUUCCCUUCUUCGCUUUCUUCUUGUAUUGGUGGGUAUUUCCAGAGUCACCUGAUUGGCUGAAGGACAAAGGGCGAUACGAGGAGAUAGGCAGGAUCUUCGAAGUGAUAGCUCAAGCGAACGGAAGGGAGCUGACUCCAGAAUAUAUCAUCAACAUGAAGAGGCGGUUUCGAAUUGAAGCAUCUCUGCUCGAAGAAAGGAGGAAAAAUGGAACUGAAACUCGAUACACACUCUGGGACCUAUUUGGAGGACCCAAUACCAGCAAGAAAACCACUGCCAUCAUCUUCAUCUGGUUCACAUCGACGACUGCUAGUGUAGGUUUGAAUCUCUACUCUUUCGAGCUGGAGGGCGAUCUCUACCUCAACCUCUUCAUGACGGCGGGAGCAGAAGUGGCGGCGGCGGCAGUUAUCGUGGUAGCGGUGGGGCGAUGCGGGCGGCGGUGUUCCUUUUGUCUCAGUUCUGCCUUGGGAGGGGCACUUACCUUAUCCAUCGCCACCACACAGACAGGUACAACAUCCCGGCUGACCAUGUUCGUGGUGGCUAAACUUAGCAUAUCCUCUUCAUCCAUAGUGCUGCCUCUGUGGACCAGCGAACUCCUGCCUGUUGUCGUUCGAUCCCUGGGCAUGAGACUCGUGGAUCUCAUUGGCUUGGUGGGACCAGCUGCACUGCCCUUUCUUUUUAAUCAGCUUCUGGCGUAG